AGCCAAUUGGAAGGCGAGCUUAACCAGCGACCUGCCAAUGAUGACGAGGCGUUAAUUAACCCCAAUGAAAAGUGGUGGGCCAGCGCAACGCCGCUCUCUCCAGUGAGGAGUGUUGGGAGUCGGGUCUCGCUUGUAACCGCUAUUUACGUCCACAUCUCUGUCCUCUUCAGCAUGUAACUACAGACCAGCUGGCUAUGCGCUUUAUAUAGCGGGUUUCCUUCAUUCAUUCCGUUUCUUUUUCCUCAAAUGGGGUAAAUUCUAACUCCAGAUUCUGCACUUUCUGUCGUUUUUCGCGUUAAAGUCAUUCAUUUCCCAUCCUAGAGCAAUCACACGUAAGCUAGACUAAUUUUCAGCAUUCAGUAUUUGUAUUUGUUUCCUUUCCUGAUGCGUUUUUCUGCAUCUCCGCGCGCUGGAGGCGCACGCGUACAGCUGGCACGGACCCAGCAGUGCAGUCAGGCUAAACUGCCAUCCGGUGACCAUCAGGUGCUGCUUAGGUAUGGCGAAGACACUGCGUGGAGCAAGUGGCUCAAGACGAACUUUUAAAACACGUGACACACCUGUAACACUUGGCCGUGUUUAAAAAAAUUACGAAAACAGACUUUAAUUCACACUGGACGGACCAAUUUAUCUUAAUUUUAUCAGGUCAAAUUACGGCUAAGACGACCGGUUUGCGGUAGUCGUCUGCAAGAUGGUGAAUGAAAAGCGGUACAUGGAAACGCUACCGCCCCUUCGGCGACAAUCACUCUGCAAAAUCAGAGAGCUACACACAAACAAACUAAUUUGAUAGCUGCACACAAUCAUUGUUACCAUCAUCCAUCCAGGAUUAAAAAGUUUUUACUGUCAUUGUGUUACAUACAAGGAGAUUACGUAAGUGACUUCCUAUGUCCCAUCACAAAUAGGAAGUGAACUAUAUAAACCGGCAAUAUGUAGUAAACAGUAAACAAUGCGCAGAAUAAAAAAAUACUUAUAAGUAGUAAAACGAUUAAAUGUAUUAUAAACAGUAUGUAACUAUAUCUGCGUAAGCGAACGCAGUCGCGCGACUCUACUAAAAAGAAAAGCUUUCACAGGUGUCACGCGGAUAGGAAAAGUGUGCGAUUGGUAUGACAGGAUGACGAUGGUGGAAAAUAAUCGUGCAGCUGGUAAAGCGAGUAUCGUUACUGGGCAAAGGCGCAAUAACAAGAGUGGGCUGUUAGUGUCGGCGGAGGACAGCCUGUCUAGUGUCCUCUCCGCACUGCACUCCGCAGUCAGCCGAUUGUCUAUCACUGAACACUGACUCGUCUUGUGACAGGACCGAUACAGAAUAGUUAUCUGUGGUCAUGAGUUUUCGUUUUUUUUCUUUUGACGGGGGGCUUUUUGUAAGAUCUAUGUUUGGACCUUAUAGACAAGCUCAGGCCUGGCGAAAUUAUUCUUAGUCAACCCUGGCAGUUAUUUAAAAGAAUUCGGACAUGAACAAAAUCCUGCGUGUCGUCACCUCCGUCCGUGGUUCGACAAAACAAAUCAAUAAUAUGACAAAAAUAUGAAUGUUAAUAAAUUAUUCGAGCACCAUUUUAAACUACUUUGGAUAGUUUUAAUUAAUAAAUCAAAUGAGGCUGACACACUGAAUCUUUGCGUCGCUGAAUUAGACGCUUGGUGGGAAAGUAUUUGGGAUUAGUAGUAGCGAUGUGAAGACAUCGCUACUACUAUAUAUAUACAAUUUGACCCACAUUAUGUGCCAAUGAACAUAGUUUAUAAAUUAUGGCAGUGACAUAAUUGACAGCCUUUUAUUAACACAUUAAUUUAAAAUGUAAAUUUGAUUUUUAAUCAGAUCUCUGAUGCUUUAAUUAUCAGGACUGCGAGUCUGCUUACCUAGUGUUGCAGGUUUUGCUUGUUAUUUUGCUUGAAACAACAUCUACGGUGGGUGUGAUUGCAAAGCACGAUCUAUCAGUGAUUCCAGUGUCAGCUUACAGAGCAACAAAAGUUAAGUGAGUUAGUCAGUGAUUGACAGCACUCAAUAGCUUCGUCCACAAUGGAAAUUAAAGCUUCAAUGAUUUUCAUGUAGGGUAUCCUUACUUCAGGGCAGCCCAUCCUGAAGUCCCUGCCCUCCAGGGCUAGCUCUCAGCUGCUUAACUGGAGUUAUUUAGACAUUUGAGCAGGUUAACAGUGCUGGUGAGCUGUCGGACUGGUGCAAACUAAAAUGUAUGUAAAGGCUGUAGGGCUGCUGAAAGACUUUCCAGUUUCUAUGUUCUAUUUGAAUUUUAAAUGAUAACACUGGCAAUAUAUAGGACUACUGAUCCCUACACAGGAAUGGACUUAAAAAAAAUUCAGUCCUGGCCCACGAUACGCCGAUCUGUUGGGAAUUCCUCCUGUAGCCCCAAUGACCAGUCUGUCCCCCCCCCCCCCAUAUGUUUUCUGUUGCUAAUAAGCUGCGAGUAAAUAACAUAUACUUAUCCUGAUUUGCCUAAUUUGUGUUCUCCUGCAGAAUAGAGCGAGUUGGUGCUUGACUCAUUAAGACAGUUUAUUCCCUGCUGUAAUCAUAGAUAAAUAAAAUGAUCAGUGGAACGCAAUUGAAGUUAGCAUACCAUCAUUUGCCUGUCUGAAAAAAAAUGCAAAAUCUGUCUAGAACAAAUUCUCCUUGAAAAAAAUACUGCAAGUAAUUACACAGGGAAAUCAGGACAAGACUCCCACACAAAUUGAUCGAGGUUAACAUGGGUGUAUCGCAAAUUAAGCAGACAUAUUGUGUGCAGAUUUGUGAAAAUGGUGUCGUCAGAAUGUUUGUGUUUCCAGCAUCUGCCUGUUUGUGAGACUAGCCUCUUUCCACAUGAUUUUUUAAAAUAUUGUUGUAUUGAAAUGUCUUACUUAAAAAUAGUGUAUAUUUAGUUAAAUGUUUUAAUACAGCACCUUUCCCAACAAAGUAUCCCCAAAGUGUUUGACAUAAAUAUAUUAAGUAUAAUAAAUAUAAUAAAUCAGUUGUUAUAUAGUAAAGAAAAAUUUUUUUUUUCAUUUAUUUAUCAAAAGAAACGGUCUAUAGUAGUUAUAGCUGUGUUUAAAUGAACAGGAGGAGAGACAUAAAGAUUAUAGAAAGGGUUGUGAGUUAAAUCAGCAUGUUGUGUCUGAGGGCAGGGCGCUGUAGCCUGUGUUUGACCUUGGCGGCCGUGUGCCGAGGGCGGCUGGCUUAUCAGACGAGCCCUCCACACUGGUCAGAAGGCCCCGCUUUAGGUUUCACGCUGCUGGGGACAGGGCAACGUUGCUUCCCAGCUGCGGCCCUAUGAUUUUGCUGCGGCUAGUGUGCUCUUCCGGAAGCGUCUCUCCUGCGUAUAUCCUUUCUUUAUUUCAGUACAGAUUAUUUUUUUUUCUCAUACAGGAAGUUCCUCGGAGACCUUUCAGGGGAAAACAAAAGCCCUUAUCCGCUUCUGUUUUUUCUGUUAGCGUCUUUCUGACACGCACCCUUUGAACAGAUGGCGCAGACACGGGUUAGAAAGGGGCUCGCGUGCAAAAGGGAUGCACUUUGUCGAGGGUGCAAUGGCGGCUGGGGAAAAUGCGUGAAACUGACUGUCUGUGUGGCACGUGGCAUGCGACAUUAGCAGAGAAGCAUCCUCAUGCGACAUUAGUGGAGAUGCAUCCUUUCCCAGCCCCUGCUUACAACCGGCAGGUUGGUUUUGCUGUGACACACCUUGAGACUGGGACUAUAAUAUAUACUAAAUGGACAAAUUAUUGGGACACCUGACCUACAGGAACUUUUAUGACAUCCCAGUCUAAAUCUAUAGGUAAUAAUAUGGAGCUGGUCCCCCUUUGCAGCUAUAACAGCUGCCACUCUUCUGUGGAGGCUUUCCACAGGAUUAUGGAGAGUGUCUGUGGGGAUUUUUGCCCAUUCAUCCAGAGGAGCAUGUAUGAAAUUGGGCACUGAUGUUGGACUGGCUCGUAAUCUCCAUUCUAGUUCAUCCCAAAGGUGUUUGAUGGGGUUGAGGUCAAAGCUCUCUGGGCCAGUCGAGUUCUUCCACAGCAAACUCACCCAACCAUAUUUUUAUGGACCUUGCUUUGUACACUUGGAAACAGUCCGACAUGCUGGUACAUAAAGGACCUUCCUUCUCCAAACUGUUCCCAUAAAGUUGGAAGCAUAGAAUUGUCCAACAUGUCUUGCUAUGCUGAAGCAUUAAGAGUUCCCUUCACUGGAACUAAGAGGCCUUAUCUAACCCCACACCAUUAUCUGUCCUCCACCAGACUUUACAGUUGGCACGAUGCAGUCAGGCAGGUAACAUUCUCCUGGCAUCCGCCAAACCCAGACUCAUCCAUCAGACUGCCAGAUAGAGAAUCUUGGUUCAUCACUCCACAAAACACGUUUCUACUGCUCCAGAGUCCAGUGACAUUGUGCUUUACACCACUCCAUCAGACACUUGGUGAUGUGAGGCUUGCAUGCAGCUGCUCGGCCAUGGAAGCCCAUAACGUUAAGCUCCCAGCGUACAGUUUUUGUGCUGAGGUUAAUGCCAGAGGAAGUUUGGAACUCCGCAGUUAUUGAGUAAACAGAGCGUUUAGUGACUACUAUGCACUCUGCUCCUCAGCACUCACUGAGUGCUGAGUGCUGUUUGUUAUUUUACAUGAUCUGCUACUUCCACUUCCACUUCACAUUAAUACCACUUUCAGCUGAUUGUGGAAUAUCUAGCAGAGAAGAAAUUUCACAAACUGACUUAUUGCAAGGGUGGCGUCCUCUGACAGGACCACCUUCAAAUUCACCGAGCUCUUCUGAAUGACCCAUUGUUUCACAAAGGUUUGUAAUCCUAACUGCAUGGCUGUGUGCUUGAUUUUAUACACCUGUGGCAAUAGGUCUGAAUAAAACACCUCAAUUCAGUGAUUAAGAUGAGUGUCCUAAUACUUUUGUCCAUAUAUUACAUGUACAUCUUAAAUAUUGGUAGUUACUCCUAGGCAUAGUUGUACCAUGUGUAACAGUGUAGCAUAUCUGUGUAAAGCAGAGGACAGCAGUACUGCGGAUCAGGCAGAGGACAGCAGUACUGCGAUCAGGCAGUGGACAGCAGUACUGCGAUCAGGCAGAGGACAGCAGUGCUCCAUCUUUUUUUUUUCAGUUUUAUUUGGACAGAUAUUUUCAUGCAGAGGCACUGGUUACUCUAUCAGUUCAACUUUCAGCUGUGCUGACCCAGGCGGUCUGAGUGUUGUUUUCUGUUUCUCAUCACGUGUGUGUGUGUGUGUGUGUGUGUGUGUGUGUGUGUGUGUGUGUGUGUGUGUGCCGUGCUGCUCUUUGGAACAUUUCUCUGUAUAAGAACAUAAUUGGUCACUCAAGCAACACAAGUCACUGUCUCCCUUUCGCAAGCAUCAGCGCCCGCAGCCUGACCCUCAGGCCUGCCAGUGAAAUGGAACAGACAGAAUGCUUGUUUUGUGGAACGAAAUGAGAAAUGUAACUAUGGGAGUGAAUUUUUGAUGAAAUGAUUGUUUUUGGCACAAAGGCUUUGUUGUCUCGCUACUUUUUUCCAUAACCGGGGCUGGUGUUUUCUCUUUCAAAUCGAUGUGUUUUCAGCAUGCCUGUGGCGUGUUUCCUUUGAAACUCUCAGCACCUGGAGAUGAAAACAUCUCUGGGAUGAAACACGAAACCGGAGCGCUGUGUGGUCGAGGCUGUCUGCGGGGUGGACGCCCCAGAAGGGGCCUGCCAUGAAUUCCAGCUAUCACGUUACAUUAGACCACCCCCCCAGCCCUGUCCUUUGCUCAGUUUCUCUUCCCGUUACCCGCUGACAGCUGGCACGCCGUGACAGAGGCAGUCCUGAGUAACGCCUUCGGCCGUUCAUAACGCAGUCGGAGCAACGCGUCGCAUGAAAUGCAGUGCAGACUGCCCACCGUGGUGAUGGCUACUCCGGGCUAUGUGGAGGAGCUGCAGCAGCCCACGCAGCAGCCAGGGGGCGCUCUGGGCGUGGCUCCUGGCCAGCCGCCGGCCCCUCCCACCUCCACUCCUCCAGCCCCGCCCCCCUUCCUGGCUGAACUGCAGACGGCAGUCACGCCCCCACCCGUCACAGCCACUGCCCCUCCUCAGACAGGCCAGGCCACGCCCCCAGCAGCCCAGGCCACGUCGCAGAAGCAGGCCGCACCAGCGCAGUACGUCACCGCAGAGAUCCAGGGCUCCGGCACUGCCUCCAGCAACGGGCAAAGCACGCCGCAGUACAUCGUGGUCACCGUCACUGAGGGCUCCUUGCACUCCAGCGACUCGGUGUCUGACUCCAGCCCUCCUCCGCCCGCGGUGCAGACGGCCGUGCCCACACAGGUGGUGCAGCAGGUGCAGCAGUUGCAGUCAGUGCCAGUCCAGCAUGUGUACUCCAGCCAGGUUCAGUACGUGGAUGGCGGGGAGACCAGCUACACCACCAGCACCAUACGGUCCAGCAGCUACACCUACACGGACGCCCCUCUCUACACCCAGACUGGUCCCUCCUCUUACUACGAGGCUCCACCCGCCUCGGGGGCUCAAGUAGCGGCACCAGCCACAUCGCAGGCCGUACCCGUGACAGCGGGGGGCGCCGCCGUGUCCAUGUUCGUCUCCAACACCACCUCGGGUACGGCCACCGCAGGCACUGUGGCUGUGGUGGCAGGAAGCACCCCCGGUGGGGCAGCGGCAGCCACGGGGGCUGGGGGCGGGACCACAGCAGCAGGGGCGGGGGGAACCGGCGGCGGCAGCAACGGUGGCAGCGGAAGCAGCUACGUCAUCCAAGGAGGGUACAUGCUGAGCGGGGCCGCCGGAAACCAGAACUACUCACACAGCAUCCGGGCGUCGCCCGCCACGGUCAGUACGGAGGACCGCGCUGACCGCUCGCUCUGCGUGCAGUGGCUGCUGGAUAACUACGAGACGGCAGAGGGUGUGAGCCUGCCGCGCUCCACCCUCUACUGCCACUACCUGCUGCACUGCCAGGAGCAGAAGCAGGAGCCGGUGAACGCCGCCUCCUUCGGCAAGCUCAUCCGCUCCGUCUUCAUGGGGCUGCGCACGCGGCGGCUGGGCACUCGGGGCAACUCCAAGUACCACUACUAUGGGCUGAGGAUCAAGGGCAGCUCCUCCUUGCUGCGGCUGAUGGAGGACCAGCAGCACCUGGCCAUGAGGCAGCAGCCAUUCUCCCAGAAGCAGAGGUUAAAGCCAGUGCAGAAAGUCGAAGGCAUGACGAAUGGAAUGGGCCAGGGGGCGGGGCAGCAGCAGGGGGCGGGGCUUUCUGACAUCAGCGCCCAGGUGCAGCAGUACCAGCAGUUUCUUGAUGCAUCCCGCUCUCUGCCCGAGUUCUCAGAGAUAGACCUGCAGGGCAAGGCCCUACCAGAAGGGAUCAUGCUGGAGCACAUCAGGAGCUUCCAGCUGCUGUAUCGUGAGCACUGCGAGGCCAUCCUGGAUGUGAUGAUCAACUUACAGUUCACCCUGGUGGAGACCCUGUGGAAGACCUUCUGGAGGUUCAGUGAGAAUCCGGCUGGUGAGGUGGACCCACUCAGCGUACACGAUGAAUCGGAGAAGCGGCUACCCAAAUCGUGUCUGGUGCUGUUGUGCAAGUACGAGCCGGUAGUGCGCUGGAGCCACCAGUGUGACAACACACUGUACCAGAGUCUGGUGGAGAUCCUCAUCCCUGAUGUACUGCGGCCCAUCCCCAGUGCCUUAACACAAGCCAUCCGCAACUUUGCCAAGAGCCUGGAGAGCUGGUUGACCAACGCCAUGAUGAACAUCCCUGAGGAGAUGGUUCGCAUCAAGGUGACGUCUGCCAGUGCAUUUGCGCAGACUCUGCGCCGGUAUACAUCCCUCAAUCACCUGGCCCAGGCAGCGCGGGCAGUCCUGCAGAACACGGCACAGAUCAACCAGAUGCUGAGUGACUUGAACCGUGUGGACUUCGCCAAUGUGCAGGAGCAGGCCUCGUGGGUGUGCCGUUGUGAGGACCGGCUGGUCCAGCAACUGGAGCAGGACUUCAAGCUCACGCUGCAGCAGCAGAACUCGCUGGAGCAGUGGGCAGCCUGGCUGGAUGGGGUUGUCUCCCAGGUCCUAAAGCCCUACCAGGCCAGCGCCACCUUUCCCAAGGCAGCUAAACUCUUCCUGCUCAAGUGGUCCUUCUACAGUUCCAUGGUGAUCCGCGACUUGACCCUGCGCAGUGCCGCCAGCUUCGGCUCCUUCCACCUGAUCCGGCUGCUGUACGACGAGUACAUGUACUACCUGAUAGAGCAGCGGGUGGCCCAGGCCAAGGGCGAGACGCCCAUCGCUGUUAUGGGGGAGUUUGCCAGUCUGGGCAGAAGCCUGAACACACUGGAUCCUGAUAAAGAGGAGGAAGAGGAUGAGGAAGAGGAUAGUGAUGAUGAGUGCCAGGAACUGACCCUCCCCGCUGACUCCUCUGGUCUGGGGGAGGAAUCGCUGGAGCCGCCCGCCAAGCUGGCCAGAACCGACCCGAGGGGGCUCUUCAGUACCAGCCACGUGGACAACUGAUACACGGAGAGAGAGCGAGCGAGCGAGAGAGUGAGGUGCACUCAGACACACACACACACACACACACACACACAGACAAACACACACACCUGAACUGAGAUUAGUGUGUUGCGCCUGAGCCCUCCCCCAAGACGCCUCACGGAGUGAGCUGUAGGGCAGAGGGUAACCUUACAGAAGCACUGCCUGUGGGAAGGACUUCACCUGUCAGUCAAAGACAUCCUGUUGUCUAUUGGUGGUUUGGGAUUUCCGUUCUGCCCACGGGAUGGAAGGGGCCUCUCUCCUCAGAGUUGUCCUGGUGUUUGUUGGUGGUUUUGGAGCAUCUGUGCUGUGCUUGUCCAUGUAAAGGCAUGUGUGCGUACCCCCCGGAGCUGUAUCAAUAAUGGUAUGUUCCAGGUGCUGCUACUAUUACUUUUUAAAUCUUUAUCCAUGUACAAUAAAAAAUUUCUGGCGAGGGCCGGGGGGUGAUGGCAGCCUGUCUGCAGGUGUGUCCGUAGCUCUGUAAGGAUGUGUGACCCCGCCUGCUUAUUUUAACCAAUGCCCCCCCAUCUUUGAGCAGCCUCACAUGGGCCCGAGUGACCUCACUCAUCCUGUCCAAACAUCUCAAAGCAGACUGGUUCACCUAUUGUCAUUUCAUUUGUUUUCUGUGCCAAACCACUGCUCCCCAAGUUACACUGUAAUAAAAUAAAGGGGGUGUGUAGGUGGUGCACAUGCUGAGGGUGUUUUACCGUGUAGAGUGGGCAGAGCCGGUCACUUCACUAGACACCCUCGUCACCCGCUUCCUGUUGGUCUCAUUACCAUGUCUCUUGCAUGAGUCACUUCCUCUCCUUGACUUCCUUCAUGCCCUCGGCCUGUUCAUAGACACUGAGCGCCGCCGCAAAGUGCGAGCUGAGCCCCCAGGGUCUCUAGUUUAAUGGGUCACUGUCCCGGCCGCCUGUGUUGGUCUCGUGGUGUUCCCUAAUGUUUCCUGACCAAUUAUAUUUAAGCUUCUUCCCUGAACCUGACCCACCUGCAGCUGGGAAGGUUCCGUUGGGCAAGCUAACAAAUUAACCGCAAAAGGCUAAUAAAUAUCCGAUCUAACAAA